UCGCUGACGUUUUCUCUUCUCUAUUGCAUCCCUUCGUUCUACGUCGUAAAAAUUGACAGUUCGCGUUGACACCGAUUGCACUUGGCGCGGAGGCACCAAUGCUUCGAGAAAGCAGAAGCGACUGAUUUCCAAUUUCGCGAUUUUCGCGCGCGUCCGUCUCGCGCUCUUUGACAUUUCUCUUUUUAUUUUUUUCUUUUCUUUUCUUCUGACGAAGCAGAUUUUUUAUAUUCCAGCGGUUAUUUGAAACAUAUCCACGGGAAAUGAGUCACAUUGUGUCUUUCCGUUUUUGUCUCGCGGUCGAUAGGUAGCCGGCGUGACGAGUGUAUGUCACGAGUACGUGGAUUUAUUGUCGAUCGACGCGGUUGCGAUAAUCGAGACGCUUUACUGCCUCGCGUGUUUGACCGAAUGGCUGUCGAUAAAAAUCUCCAUAUCAAUGGGAACGUGAUUCAUUGGUCUGCUGAUAUGUUCGAGACAACCUUCUUCUGAUUUUCCGGCGCCCGAGCCGGGGGAAACGCGAAAUCGCGCGAAUCGCCCUCGCAACUUUACGUACACGUCGCGUUACUUUUAGAAAUGGAUUUAUUUUUAGAAUUUCAAGUUCGUCGACUUUGUGCGGACUUCGUAUGAGCGUACAUAUUACUGACCGCCGCUGUACAUCGUUUUUACGCGGGACGAGGAGAGAAGACGGAAAAACGCGUCCGACUUAAAUUGAUUGUUACGCGAACGUUAAAUCGCUCUCUGUACAAGCGAAAACUUAAUCAAGCGCGCGGUUUUGCUGGCACGGUCCAUGUUGACGCGAGGAUGCUGGCGUGCGUCUAUCCGCGGGAAAAUUUCGAGGUGAAAACCGUGGCGGUGAAGCUCCGACAUGGAAAAUCGAAGAGAAAGUCCAAGUCUGUCGUGGUGAAGGAAAAACUCCGUACCCCAGACACCAGAGAGGCGGCAUGUAACAACAACGGCGAGCGAGCAGACAACAACCAGUUAGCAGUGGGCGGGGGUGGUGCUGUGCUGGUGCUCAGCGAGCUUGAAAGCAUGGCGGCCAGGCAGCAGCGGGAAAUCGCUCAGCAAAGGCGCCUCCUCGAGCAAAAAGAGGCCCGCUUAGCCGUGCUUCGAGGCGCACAGGAGCCAGCACAGCAAGACAGACUCGCCAGAUUGAGGCACAAACUGGACCAACAGCAGAGCAAGCUGAAUCGACUGCGAUUACUCAGAUCGCAGACGGACCAGUCGCGCGUCAACAAUGCGACACUGACCUCCGAUCUGGAUUGCAUCAGGGCUCUGUUCAACGAGAAAGAGAAGGAACUCUCGCUGGCCGUAGCUAAGGUCGAGGAACUAACGCGACAGUUGGAAGAACUUCGAGGCCGUCAGAAUGCCCCCGCCGGUGGUGGAAGCGCCGGAAGUAUCGGGAGUGGUCUCACAGGUGCUACCAGCAAUGGGCACUUGGUCACCCCGGCCAGUGCCGAGCUGGAAAAGCUCAGGAGGGAGCUUAUGUUUCGUAACAAGAUGAACGAGCAACAGAACCAGGUGGUGUCCCAGCAACGACAAGCUCUGGCGCAGCGACAGGCCGAGAUGGCGUCGAUAGACGCGCGAAUAGCUCAACUCCAGAGUCGUCUUCAGCGCAAACGAGCGUUGAAUCAACGGCUGACGCAGCAACUGGGUUCUAACGGAAACGGUGGCGGCGGUGGUAACGGCGGUGGCAGUGGUGGUGGCGGUGCCAACAACACGGGAUUCUCGGACACGAAGCUCGACAGCUUCAACAGCGGGGGCAAACUACGACCGGCCGGCAACAUCGCCGCGAUCGAGCCUUACUCGCACAUACCGAACGACAACGAUUUCAAUCUGAACAAAAACGACCCCAAGUACCAGACACUGCCGUACAACACCAAGUUCACGGUGAACUUCAAAGCUAUAGAGGACGACGUGAACAAAAACAAGAUUCAACACUCGGCGAGCGCCUCCCAGUUGGGACAGAGGCCGACCUUUCAGCAAUACGGACAUCAAAUCGUUCACAGCCAGUCUCAAUCGCACAUUCAGGGGCAAUCUCAAUUAUUAGGAAGCAAUCAGCAGCAGCAACAGCACAAUCAAAAUCUCGGCAAUCAACCCAUGACGAUUCAAUCAAAUUGCAACUACAAUAAUAACAAUAAUACCAACAAUAGCAACAACAAUAGCAAUAAUCUCAUCGGUAGCGGUAUCGCACACAGCUUCAGUCCGGACAAUCUCUCGCAAGGUCUUCGUCUUCAUCAGGUUCAUCAGCAACAACAGACACAGCAACAGCAGCAACAUUUGCAACAACAACAUCAGAAUGGCGUUCAACAGAAACAGCACAAUCUAAUCGGUAUCGGUAACUCUUCGACGACGUCGAAUCUCGUCGGGGUGACUGUUCCGUCAAUCGCACAACCCGCUCAGAAUCCGCAUCGAAAUUUGCAACAAACCACGGGAGGUCAUCAGAAACCAGUGUCGAGCGUGGCGCCGAGUUUCUCCGUCAAGUCGCAGAUCUAUCAGACUUCGUCGACGAAAAUUCAUCCGGUGAUGCCGCAAACGUUGAGUCUGCUGGGCCGCGGACACAAUAACACGACACAGAACUACAUCGGCAACAAUCAGCAACAAACAACAACGGCGACCACGCAGUCCAGCGUCGGGAACCAAGAGACGAAUUACAGACACGGUUUUCCCGCUGCUCAGCAACAACAACAAUAUCCCAAUCAGACGACGAGCAUUCCCACGCCUUCGUCGGCGGUUGUCUAUCAGGUUCAAAGUUCAUCGAAUCUCCCCGGUCAUCAUAGCACCGCUACCGCGUCGGCGACCUUCGGCACUUCGUCCCAGAAAUAUAAUCAGUUGUCGCAAGUGUCGAGUCCUAACGAACUCACGCAGAAUCAGGAUCAAAAUCAAAUUCUGAACACUCAGAAGCCUAAGUUCGAACCCUCGGGAAAGGGUCAGGAUCAGGGAGUUAAGUUCGAGCAUGCGUUACCGCCCGGCAAUAAGCAUGAACAACAACAAUCACAGAUCAGAUACGAUCAGAAUCUCACGAGCAAAUACGAAUCUCAGCAACAGAGCAACAAGCACGAUCUAAACAAUCAAGUGAAACACGAACAUUUGCACAAUGCCAAGUACGAGCAACAGCAGAAUUCGCAACAGUACGGUAAACACGAACAACAGCAGCACGAGGGAAGAUCGUCGAUCAAGUACGAUCACAAUUCGACGUUCAAACACGAUCCUUCGAACGCUGGUCAAUACAAAGCGGAACCGAACAAAUACGAGAUCGGUCAGAACAAGUUCGAGAUAUCAACCAAGUACGAGCAGAAUUCUAAUGCAAAGCAUGUGGCAGAUCACGCGGUUAAGUUCGAGGUUCCCGUGAAAACGUCAGACAGACCGUUCGAGUUUGACGGCAGACAAACAACGAAAACCAAUGACAAUGGCGAAAGAAAGAAUUUCAACGAGUCUCGAAUAGAAGAUAAAACGAAACCGGCGCUGCCGCCAAAACCGAGCAAACCGAAUCCGCCGCCGAGAUUGACUCAUCACGAAAAAAUCGACGCACCGUUGUCCGAGGGAAUCAACGAGUGCAAGAUAUCAAACGUGAAUCUCAACUCGACUCUCAGAUCGGAUAAGGACGAAGAUAUACCGCCGAUUCCCACAUCGGAACCGCCCGAAUCUCCGACCGAAACACAAUUAACGAAUCAUCAGCUCAUUAAGGCCCGACCGUUGACUUUGAAGAAGGUACCGAUAUCGGAACAGCCUAAGCUGAGAUACGCCAAAUCUAAUGUUCACGUAUCGAUAAAUCGGCGAAUUGAGAUGCCCCCCGCCUUUCUGUUCCCGGAGAAUGAGAUCCCGGCGGAUUUAAUGCAGACCGAACAGCAGCAACAGCAUCAACAGCAAACCGUCGACAGCACGGAUAAUUGUAAGAGCAUCAUCGGCGAGGAUAUCGGUGACGGCGAGAGACUGGAGGAGGCGGACAUCAUCGAUGCUUUGAAUGUCAUCAACAUCGAGGACAAGCCCACGAAAAUGAAGACCGAUUCGGAGCUUACCGGAGGUAACGGUGGCGAAUUGGAAGUGGUAGACGGAGGUAAGAUAUCGGAGGUGAUGAGGAGGAAGAAGGGAAAUCUCAAAUCGUCGAGCACUGGAAGCGGCGGAGGUAAGGUCAAUUUGUCCAGGCGAGUGUCGUUCGAUCCUCUGGCGUUGUUGCUCGAUGCCAGUCUCGAGGGCGAAUUAGAACUCGUAAAGAAGACCGCGAAAGAGGUCGCCAAUCCGAGUUCCGCCAACGACGAGGGCAUCACUGCUCUGCACAACGCCAUUUGCGCCGGUCACCUCGAAAUCGUCAAGUUCCUGGUGGAAUUCGGCUGUGACGUCAACGCCCAAGACAGCGACGGAUGGACACCGUUGCAUUGUGCCGCGAGUUGCAAUAAUCUAUCGAUGGUGAGAUUUUUGGUCGAACACGGUGCCUGUAUCUUCGCCAGCACUUUAUCCGAUCACGAAACCGCCGCGGAGAAGUGCGAGGAAGAUGAGGAAGGCUUUGACGGAUGUUCGGAGUACUUGUACAGUGUACAAGAAAAAUUGGGCAUCAUGAAUAACGGUCAAGUCUACGCGGUUUUCGAUUACGAGGCACAACACGCUGACGAGCUUUCGUUAAAGAACGGCGAUUCUUUAAUCGUUCUACGGAAGGGCGAUGAUAACGAACGCGAAUGGUGGUGGAGCAAACUCGGACACAAAGAAGGCUACGUACCUCGAAAUCUAUUGGGGUUAUAUCCCAGAGUGCAGCCCGCGAAAGCAGUUGAUUAAGGCAGUUUUGCGUUGGCAGGAUUCUCGACGAUUACCACAGUAUUCGAAAUGCAGCUUUAUCUUGUUAAUUGUUAUCAUACGAGACAUAGGCGCGUUAGUAAUGUUAUUUAAUAAGAUAUCUCAUUGCCAUCUGAAACGGAUACACACAUUAUAUAUAUAUAUAUUAUAUAUAUACAUCGAUUCGCGAGAUUAUACUCGAUUUUUUUAAACAGUGUAGCAAUCUUUUAAUUGCGAUUUACAUACUUUUUUAUACUAUCUGAAAGAAAAGAACAAGGAUCGUGGAUUUUAAUUGAUUUACCGAUUUGCCGCAAUUCGCGAAAUAAACAAUCGCGCAACUGUGGUGGGUACAUCAUCUGGGUCUCGUCCGCAAUAGUCACAAAUUGCGGUCGUAGAAAUCGCAGGACUGACCGAUGCGAUUGGUCAAAUCCAAUGAGUUCUACGACCCGCGAUAAGAAGUUAUUGUAAACGAGACCUCAUCUUCGUGAUGACGCGUAAGUGAAACACUUGCAACGAGUGCAAACUUCCCAGUGAGACUUCCUUCUCCUUCUAUUUUUCACGCUAUUUUUCAUAUAAAAGGUAUGUUUUACUAGAUUGCACAACUAUAUUUGCCAAUAUUUAUCCGAUUUUAUCAUAUUUGUUGCCACGAUUCACAGAAAUUGUGUGUGUGUGUGUGUGUGUGCGCUUUCUCAACUUGACUUUCUGUUUGAAAGUUUAGUUAAGAAUUAGUGAGAUAUUUUGUGUAUCGUUUACACACUUGUAAAUUGUUAAAUCAUUUAUAUAGGGACGCGUGUAUAUAUUCAACAUGCAUUGUUCAUAUAUAACGAUUAUCUUUCUCUCUGUUUUUCGCGAGGAAAGAAUCUUUUUAUUGAAUGCAAGUUAUCCUGCAAUUGGCGAAAGUGUACACAUAGCGUUCGAUUCUUGUAAAAAUAAGAUCAAUAACAAUGUUUUUUUUUUUUCUAACAAGGAUUUCUUUAAUCGAGCAAAAACUUCAGAGACGCAAAUAAUUAAUGAAACAUUUAUAUUUGUUGCCCAAUGGAAAGUAUGUUCUACUUCUGUUAUUUUAUUUUUUUGUAACUUUGUUGUUUAACCUUUGUACAUAUAGCAAAUGUUUUAUUUGGUUGUAUCGAGAAGUUGUGUGUUAAAAAAAAAAUGGAAUAUAACGAAACGUCAAAUAAUCUCAAAAAUUAAGUUUUUUUAUUAUUUCUCAGGUGUGAUGAUUUCACACGAGAAGUAGUCGAUUCGAAAUUUCACAAAUGCCAUGUGCUCGCUUUUUUUUUACCGAUUCU